CAGAUAUUGAAAAGAAUAGUAAAAUGGCCUUUCUGACUUUACUAAAAUUUGCCUUAGCCUCUAGUGCAUUAUACAUAACCAAGGAACUAGGCUUAUGGGACACUGAAGAAAGCGCAAAAAUCCAUAAUGAGAAUAUAAAUAUUUUGCCCAAACUAAUCUUUUUCGAUAAGGACGACAGCAAGCCACAGUGUGAACCAUGUGACCCAGAGUGGGCUAAAGAAUUGAAAUCAGCAUUAAACGGCACAUGGAAGUCACUUCAAAAAAUACCCGGCCAUUGGCGUCGCUUCGGACAGCUAAUGCAAGACAAUUUAAAAAGUCUGUUUAAAACCGAUGAUGAUUAGUAGGCGAUUCAACGGCUCAAUGGCCUGGCUGCUCACGAAAAUAGCUAUUGUAGCUGGAACCGUCUGGGCGACCAGGGAACUAGGUGUUUGGGAUAGCCCAGAUCGAACGACCUUAAUCUAUGAGGAUGCCAAAUGUCAAAUGCAGCCCUAUGUGGAGAAAAUGAAGCAGAAAUACUGUAAUGUGUUUUGCAGUGUCAAUAAGGACUCAACCAAAACAUGGCGCGAGUCAUGGAUCGAUGGAUGGAAUGAUAGCGUAAGAACCGGCUUUAUAGAAAUUAGUCGAAUGCCGCAAUACUGUUCUCGCUUCACCGAAGAUGUUCAAGAUACUCUCAAUCAACUGAUCAACGGCAAACCACCAGCAAAGUAG